AUGGCAGAAGUGAGACAAGAAGAGGAGCUGCCAGGCACCAUGCUCAGAGAGGAUCAAGAGUCCUCCACCAUCUUUCACCUCACUUCCAUCUCGCCCGCAUCCACCCGCUGGGGGAAGGUGCGAGCUCUUGCUCGUCGACUUGUUGAGAGGUGGGAGUUCAUGGCGAUGGUGUAUGGAGCCAUCGCAUUUGACAGCAUGCUCAUGGGCUUCGACGACGCGUCGGUGCAACGUGACCCCUCCUCCCCCUUACAUCCUCUCCUCGACUACUCCAACUGGAUCGUCAUGUCCUUCUUCACCGUUGAGGUCGGGCUCAAGAUGUUUGCCUACGGCGUCUACAGCAAGCAGACGGACCAGAUGGCAGCAGGCGAUAGCAUGUCGUCGUUACAAGACGAGGACGAGGACGAGGACACGAAGCACGGGUACUUCUCGAGCAGCUGGAACCUCUUCGACUUCAGCAUCGUGUCGCUGUCAUGGUUGCUGCUGCUGUACCAGCUCUUCCUCGACAGACGAGCCUCGGGGAAGAUAGCGCGGGCCUUGAGGAUCGCCAGGCCUCUCAGGGCCUUCCGGGUGCUGGAGGGGACGAGGCACGUGCUCCUUACCUUCCCCAAGGCUAUCCUCGACAUCCGAGACGUUCUCUCUCUCCUCCUCUUCAUCUUCCUCGUCUACGCCAUCCUUGGCCUCAACCUCUUCGGCCUCGACGGCAAGUUCCACGGGAGGUGCGUCGUCGAGGGAGGGUACGAGCACGGCACCCACGGCUUUCUCUUGCUGGGGAGAUACGACUACUCAGCUCCUGUGUGCGGCUCCUCCUCCUUCUGCCCAGCUGGGUUUCGCUGCAGCUGCAAGGCAGACGUUCUUCCUGACGGGACCCUCCAGCCCCCUCCCUACGCCUUCCAAGACCCUCAGACGGGGGACCCAGGCUGCCUCCGCCAGCCGUCUCCUCGGCCAUGGGCGGACGGAGGAGAAACGCGAGGCCCCACGUGCCCCAACUACGGGUUCGCCUGCUUCGACAACUUCGCUGUAGCGAUCUUCACGAUCUUCACGAGCAUCACGAUGGACUCGUGGAGCAACACCAUGUGGUGGGGGGAGGACGCGACCGACGACUUCAUCUCCGUCCUCUACUUCUCUUCUCUGGUCGGCAUUGUCGCCUUCAACGUGGUCAACCUCAACACCGCUGUCAUCUCUUCCGCCUACCGCAAAGUCCGCGAGGAGGCAAGGGAGGCGAGCAGGGCGCGCGCCAGGAAGCACGUGGAGAGAAAGUCUCGCGUCCUGCAGCUGCAGCUCCGGUUCUCCGAAUGGCUGAAGGAGGGCGAGAGGAGGAGGACGCAGCCCCUGAACCAGCUCUCGCUCCUGGCCAGGAAGAUCACGACAUUUCCGCAAGAGGUGAACGAGUGCGGGGAGCUGCUUCCUUCCGACCUCCUCCACGUCCUUCGCUCCAAGAACGUUCGCGUCUACUUCGGCCCCAGCAGCCAUCAGUGGAGGGCCACAGCACGGGACUCGCUGCUCUUCCGCUCCGUCGACCUCCAGGACGGGGAGGAGCCAGCAGUGCGGAGAAAGAUCGAGAAGGAUGAGGUGAUUGGGGAGGGAACGUUCAGCGACGACAACUUCCAUGAGCUGCGCGAGCUGCUGGGCUCUCUACAUCAUGAGGCUGCCGGAAAAAGAAACAUCAAGUACCGGGGAGCGGAGGACGUGUUGUUUGACAAGGUGAAGGAGGUACAAGGUGACUUUUUCCCGCAAGACAACUGCUGCGACGAGUCAUGCUCGAAACGAGACAUCGGCUUGUGCUUCCGCGGUCUCCUCCAGCAACCGGCCAACUGGUCGAGCUUCCUGCUGAUCGCCGAAGGUGUCUUUGCGUUCCUGUUCAGCCUAGAGGUAGUGCUCAAGGUUGCCUCUUUUGCUUCCUUCCGCAAGUACAUCAAGCAGAGGUUCCCUUACAACCUCGCCGACUUCGUCAUCGUCAUCACCUCUGACUGCAUGUACAUCAUUGCGCUUACAUCCACAAGCCUUCUCAGGAUUUCCUUUCUUCGCCUCAUUCGCAUUCUCCGUGCCUUCCGCCUCUUCUCGCGCUUUCGCCGCCUCCGCAUCCUCGUUCAGAAGGCGAUCGCGAGCUUCAAUGCCAUCCUCCACGUCCUCCUCGUCCUUAUCCUCUGGCACAUCAUCGCUGCUCUCCUCGGCAUGCAGAUCUUCGGCUGCGAUGUGCGACGAGACGACGUGUGUGAGCUCGACCAAGGAGGAGGAGGAGGAGGAGGAGUGUGUCCGUCAGGUUGCUCGCUGAGGGUAGGGGAUCAGUGUUUCUUCAGCGAGGAGGAGGCGUUCAACUUCUGCCCGUGGGACUCGGACUGGAACUUCAACUCGUUCCGCAACGCCAUCAUCCUCCUCGUCUUCGUCACCACCGGCGAGAACUGGGUGGACAACAUGGAGAAGGGGAUGAGGCACACGGAGAGCGUGUGGCCGGGGCUGCUCUACUUCCUCGUCUUCUACAUCGUCUCCUUCUACAUGCUCCUGAACCUCUUCGUCGGCGUCAUCCUCGAGGAGUUUGAGCUCUCCGACGACUCCAAGGAAGGCCUCCAGGUCGGCGCCUUCCGCGUCUCGAUCCUCAAGACGAUCAAGAGGAGGAGGAGGAGGAGGAGGAGGAGAAGCAUGGUCUCUUCCGCUGGAGGAACUAGCGAGCACGGCGAGCAGGUUGUCUCCUCGCAGACAAACUUCACCGGCAUGAUCGAUGGCCUCGUCGCCUUCACUGCCAACCCCGAGCAAGCGCCGCUGUCCCCCUCCCUCUCACAGUCCGGCCGUGAAGCGCAGCGCGACAGCAUGGGGAUGGAGGAGGAGGAGGAGUCUGCUGUGAUUCUCUUCAUGGAGUCGCCUGUCUCGCAGUACUCGUCUCUCUCCUCCCACACGUCUCACCUCGCCGACUACGUCUUCUUCACCAUCUUCCUCCUCGAGUUUCUUCUCAAGAUCAUUGACCUCGGCGUCUACUGGGAGCAUCCGAACGCUUUCUUCCGUCUCUCCUGGAACAUCCUUGACUUCCUGUGA